UGACCAGUUGGCCACACAGUACAGGCGCUGCUCCCAGGUAGUGGUGGGUUGCCUGCCUCCGUUGCCUCCGCUGUUGCCCGAUUCCAGGCUCAAUGAUUGUUUGCAUAUGAUUAUUCAUCGGCAUCUGAAGUGCUACGACGUCAAGACGAGCAUUUCUGACGAGCGAUCCAACAGCGAUCGACCAGUUCAGUGUAAGGCCAGCACUCUACGACCUUACCAGCAAUGCUAGCUUGGAGUGGGAUAUCUUCCCGGCGGCGGCGGCGCUCCAUGAAGGCGUUUAUAGGCAUCUCCACGAUCAGCAUGCUCUACGUGGCGUCUGGUCGGCUGGUCCGUGAGGCCUCCCCAUCCUUCAGCGCCGACCGCUGUUCCGACAACCUUCUGGGAAGGCGGCUGUUGGCCGGUUCGUGUCCUCAUGAGCCGAUCGACGCCGUCUACACCUGGGUCAACGGCUCGGACCCGGAGUUUCGGCGGCAGCUGUCGGAGACGUUGGUCCACCUGGGGCACCCGCCGGCCAACGAAUCGGUAAACGACAGCAGGUUUGCUGACAACGACGAACUGCGCUACUCUCUUCGAUCUCUGGAGCAGCACGCGCCGUGGGUGCGACGCGUUUACCUGGUCACCAACGGACAGGUACCCGCCUGGCUGGACCUGGACAACCCACGCAUCACCGUCGUCACGCAUGAGGAGAUAUUCCCCAACAAGUCGCACCUGCCCACCUUCUCCAGUCCGGCGAUCGAGUCUCAUUUGCAUCGCAUCAAAGGCCUCUCAGAGCACUUCCUGUACUUCAACGACGACUUGUUCCUCGGCCAGCCAGUGGUUCUGGAGGAUUUCGUGUCUCCCAGAGGCGAGUACCUCACCUACUUAUGGCCAUCGCGGGGAGGCGCCUUCAACCAGUCGUCCGCCCACUCGCGUAGCCUCACACACGUGGACCGUCUCUUCACGCAACGUUACGGACCCGAGGUGCGCCGCGCUGCUGCACACGUACCGCUCCUCCUGAAGCGCUCGAUCGUCGCAGAGUUGCAGGCCACGUUUGCAGCAGAGUAUGAGCAUACUUCCGCGGCACAAGUGCGCACCAACAAUUUCAUGCAGCCGGGUUUAACGUACUACUACUUCCUACGUUCAGAGCGGCGUCCGGUGUCGUCAGGCGGAUUGUUCGAGAUGUUUGACACAGACCGAUCCGGCACCUUGUCUGAGCGCGAGCUUCUCUCGGUGAUGAGUGGUCUUCUAGGACGCUCCUACUCCGUGCGUGAUGCCCGCCUGCUCUGGGACGAGUUGAGGAGGUGUGCCGCGGCUGGCGAUACGCCCACAGACAGCAGCGCCGAGCUGAACCGGUCAGCCGUGCUUGGCUGCACGACGGCCACCACUCGCCUGUCGCAGCGCAUUGGCGAGCGUCGGUACCGCACCCGCGACGGCGCGCGCAGUGCCUGGUUCUACGGGCAAGUGCCGUCCCAGCCGCAGAAAGCCAACCGCAAGCUGAUGGAGGUUCUAGCCAAGCCUCGCCGAUUCAUCUGUCUCAACAACGACUUUUCAGACAGCACAGCGGGGCGGAUCAAGUGGGUGCGCGAUAUGAUGAGGUUCCUGCUCGCGACACUCUUUCCCUGGUCUUCCCAGUUCGAGCUGACGUCGCCGACCUACGGUAACGCGUCAAGUUGAGCUCGUGCUGGCUGCUGCUUAGGUCAGAUGUCAGAAGUCACAGGAGGUUGAUCGGAGAUUAUAAGAUAUAGAACACAUUUCCAGCAGCGUGAAUUAUACAGCAUCUCUGACCCGACAAAACAAAAACAGCAAUACCUUUCAUCGCCAAAACAAAACAGACCAAUGACAAUUGACAACCGAUCCAGAUCAGACUCAUGGUCACCAAACAAAAGCUGAUCAAUGACCGCUAAACACCUGCCGAAUGGUGACCAUCGGACCAAUGAUGAUCAAUGACCACCAAACCAGAGAAGGCCAACAACCAACCGACUAGACCAAUCGAACUGCUCGAGUCACAUCAACGACCGAAAGGCCAAGACAGGUUAAUGACCACCGUUGGAACAUACCAUACACCGAAACAGUGCAAUAUGGAAGGGACACGACUGGACCGGUAUUCGGACAGCGGCACAACUGCUGCAAAGGCAGUCAACCAGGUAAAGUCGGGCACCCCCAGCGCCGACGAUUGUCGCGGCUCAACUCAGCCGGAAUGGUCCGUUUGUUUGUUUUGUUGGAAGAAAAACUCUUCCCACCUGAAAAGGCCAUUGCAGAUAUGUGAUGAUGCAUAGGGCAUAACUGAUCUUUGCUGAGUGCUGACCAUUGACGGUGCGCCACAGCGGCAGAUCGACCAUCCCGAUGGGACAGAGACCAUCCCGAUGGGACAGCGCGCCCUGCCGCCGCUCGGACGGCCAUCCCGGGCGGGGUGUUGUCCAAAGACGACUGUUGGUGACCGCCAGGCGCCGGCCCGUAUUGUUAGCGGGGACACGGAGGGGUCUGGGAGCGAUGCUUGGAGGGGUUUUGAGGGUUUCAACUAACGGCCGCAGAAAGGAACAUGAGAGCACUGCACUUAGUUCCUUUGGGAGUCUUUAUGGUGGAGAGUAGCUUAUUGUUUCAAACGUGUCUCGAUUUUAUCAAACGUAUUAUCCAAUUACGAACUUCUACUGCUUAGCGUGAAGAGAGCCUCAGAAGUCGGUACACAGUCCAAGUUACAAAGCUCUCACCGCGACAAUUCCACAGCCGUUUCCGGCUUUCGCUGUAAUUUUGAAUCGAAUGCGUCCACAGCCGACCGUGCUCGCCGGAGACCAGCGUAAGUCUGUCAACGCGAAACGGUCGACAUAUCGAGCCCGGCAGGCCUGCAUGGUAUAACUGUCAUGUGAGUUCGCAGCGAAAUGUGUACUGUGUCGGCUACAUGGACUUGUAUGCACACCAUAUAUUUAAUAAGUGAAACAUCAUCAGUGGGCAAUGGGCAUGUAUGUAAUAUACAAAUAUCGACUGAAAA